AUGGCACCGGGUCUCAUGUCAUCCGAAGCCAAGGGCAACUUCAACGCGCAAGCCGUCGAGGUCAAGUCCGCCUCGGUCAACGAUGGCGGCGCCGCGGAAGGUCUCGGCGGCGGCAAGACCUUCGAAGGUCAAUCCAAGCUCCCGCACCUUCCCAUCCCCACCCUCGAAGACACCUGCCAACGCUACCUGUCGAGCCUUCAACCGCUCCAAACGCCUGAACAGCACGCGACGACCCAAUCCGUCGUCGCCGACUUCCUCAAGACUGACGGCCCCAUCGUCCAGGCGCAGCUGCAGGAGUACGCCAGCACGCGCGCCAGCUACAUCGAGGAGUUCUGGGACGAGAGCUACCUCCAAGCCUCGGACUCGGUGGUGCUCAACCUCAACCCGUUUUUCAUCCUCGAGGACGAUCCUACGCCGACGCGGGGGAAUCAGCUGAUGCGAACGGCGAAUUUGAUUCUGGCGAGUCUGGCGUUUAUCCACGAUCUGCGCACGGGGGUGCUCGAGCCGGAUAGCGUGAGGAGCACGCCGCUGGACAUGUUUCAGUACACGCGGCUGUUUGCCACCUCGCGCAUCCCUACGGCGAACGGGUGUCGGAUGGAGGUGGAACCUGAAUCGCGUCACAUUGUCGUGAUGCGCCGGGGCCAGAUCUACUGGUUCGAAGCGUUGGACGAGGAGCAUCGACCGUUGCUCACCGAACGCGCGAUGUUGGGAAACCUCCAAGCCAUCAUGAAGGACGCCGACCAGAUCCCGACCGAGGACGUCGCCAAGGGAUCCGUCGGCAUCCUCACCACCGAAAAGCGCCCCAUCUGGUCCAUGUACCGCGAACACCUCCGCGAAGACGCGCACAAUCGCAAGUGUCUCGAGGUGGUCGAUUCGGCGCUGUUCGUCGUGUGCAUGGACGAUUCCGCUCCCGCAGACGCCGCCGAGCUGAGCAACAACAUGCUCUGCGGCACGUACAAGCUCCAACGCGGCAUCCAGACCGGCACGUGCACCAACCGAUGGUACGACAAGCUCCAGAUCAUCAUCUGCGCCAACGGCGCUGCCGGCGUCAACUUUGAACACACGGGGGUCGAUGGUCAUACGGUGCUGCGCUACGCUGCGGAUGUGUAUACGGAGUUGAUCAUGCGGUUUGCCAAAUCCAUCAAUUCGGCGACCAAGAGUCUGUUCAAGGCCAAGACGAGUCCGUUUGCCAAGGGAUCGGGUAAGAAGGCCAAUGGGACCACCAGCGAGGUGGAUGCGCAAAAGGCGCAGGACGUGGACCAGGCGACGGCGCCUAAGAAGCUCGAGUGGAAUCUCACCACCAAGCUUGCGGACGGCAUCCGAUACGGUGAGACCCGACUCAGCGAUCUCAUCUGCCAGAACGAGUGCGAGGUGCUCGAGUUCGAUCGGUACGGCAAGAACUUUAUCACGCGUCACCGGUUCUCGCCCGAUGCGUUUGUGCAGAUGGCGUUCCAGGCGGCGUACUACACGCUGUACGGGCGAUGCGAGACGACCUACGAACCGGCCAUGACCAAGGCUUUUCUUCACGGACGCACCGAGGCGAUCCGCACCGUCCAACCGCAUUCCGCCAAGUUCGUCGAGACCUACGUGUCAGGUGCCAAGAACGAGGCCAAGAUCGAUGCGCUGCGCAAGGCGUGUGAUGGACAUGCCAAGCUGAGUCGUGCCUGCGCAUCCGGUCAGGGUCACGAUCGACAUCUGUACGCGCUGCACAAUUUGUGGAAGAAGCACAAUGAGAAGGCGGCAACUCCGGCCAUCUUUACGGACGCAGGGUAUGCGAAGCUCAACCACACGGUGGUCUCCACCUCGAACUGCGGCAACCCGGCACUGCGCAUGUUCGGCUUCGGCCCGGUGGUCCCAGACGGCUUCGGUAUCGGGUACAUCAUCAAAGACGACGGCAUCACCGUUUGCGCCUCGUCAAAGCAUCUCCAGACCAAACGCUUCUUGGACACUCUCGAGUCGUAUUUGCUGCAGACGCAGACGAUGAUCAUCGAGCUGUACAAGUCGGCCAACGUGCGGUCGAGGAGCACCUACAUCGAUCAUGCGGGUGUCGAGUGCGAUGUGCGCACCGGUCUGCCCAUCGGCAGCAAGAGCAACGGCUACACGCACGACUACGACGAUGCGGGCAAGAACAGCCAGGUGGGUCAAAGUGGAUAUUCGUUCUUUGGCGACGAGAACAAGGCGGCUGCCCGCAAGGAGGAGGAGCAGACCGACGGAAAGAGGAGGAAGCGCAUCGCCAGUGUCGGAAAGACCAUUUUGUACGACGAGUAUAAUUGA